CGCAGAAUCAGAAUUACAUGUGUAGUCAAUGAUCAUCAGCACUCAAUCGCAGGCAACACUUAGAGCGGAAGCGCAAUGGCGAAGUAAAAUUAAAUGCAUCUGCAGACAUGUAGCAAUAUCAACUUGUGGUACUUGGACAGGUCGCAAGUGCAACAUGACCUGAUUCAUAUGGGGGGAAUUAUUGCGAAGAGUACCAUUCAACAUGCGGUAGAUAGGCUUAAAUUAGUAGUAGGGACUGACGGCAGUCACUGCGUUCAUAGUUAAGUUGUCCCACAUACAUUCGAACUCAGUGAAACUACGACUGACUGACUGCAGAAUAGUGCAUACCUUUCACGAAAGUGUGAAAAUGGCUGAUGUGGACGUGUUUCACUCAGUGUUUGAGUUCGGCAAAUUGCAUGUACAAGGCCUUGGUGCUAAAGGACUUACAAGA